AUGUCUUCAGCAUACAACCUUGGCGCGAUCUGCGCUCUUCCACUGGUACCGUACGUGAACGAUAGAUUUGGCCGACGAUGGGCAAUCUUCUUAGGCUCUUGGAUUAUGGUCGUAGGAUCUGUAGUACAAGCCUUCUCCAUCAGCGCUGGCAUGUACGUCGGCGCGCGCUUCAUCCUCGGUUUCGGUAUACCCUUCUGCAUCAUCGCAGGUUCAUCACUAAUGGGCGAGCUUGCAUAUCCAAAGGAACGACCCAUCAUGACCUCUCUCUUCAACGCACUCUGGUUCGUAGGCUCGCUCAUAGCAGCAGGAGUCUCAUACGGCACCCAAAGCCUGAAAGACGACUGGGCCUGGCGCAUACCUUCGCUACUCCAAGCCGGCCCAUCACUACUCCAAAUCGUCUUCAUCUUCAUGAUCCCCGAAUCCCCACGCUUCCUCAUCUCCAAAGACCGCCGCGAAGAAGCCUACGCCACGCUAAUAACCUACCACGCCGAAGGCGCCACCACCUCGCCCUUCGCCGCCGCAGAAAUGGCCCAAAUCGAACACACGAUCCGCAUCGAACUCGAACAUUCCAAACGCUCCUGGCGCGAAAUGAUCGCUGUCCCCGGUCUACGCAAGCGCGUGAUAAUCGGUUCUUUCCUCGGCCUCUUCACGCAGUGGUCUGGAAACACUUUACUCAGCUAUUACCUCAACCAGCUGCUCAACAUGAUCGGGUACGACGACCCUGGCUUCGUCGGGAAAGUGAAUGUCGGGCUCAAUAGCUGGAAUCUGGUGAAUGCGGUGUGUAUCUCGCUAUUGGUGAGACGGUUUCCGCGGAGGAAAAUGUAUCUCAUCUGCGCGAGUAGUCUGUUGUGUUGCUAUGUCGCGUGGACGGUGGCGAUGCAGCGGUAUACGGCUACGAAAAGGAUCGAGCCGGCGAGGCUGACGAUUGCGAUUAUCUUUUUGUAUCAGAUGUGUUAUAAUAUUGGGUAUAAUGCGUUGACCUACACUUUUUUGGUCGAGUUGUUUCCAUUUGCGCAGCGCACAAAGGGAAUUACUAUCUUUCAGUUCUUUAGCCGUACAGCGGUUUUCACGACGACGAUACUUAAUCCUAUUGGGUUGAAGCAUGUUCAGGGUAAAUGGCUGAUUAUGUAUUGUGCUUGGUUGGGAUUCGAAAUUGUCUUCAUCUACUUUAUGUUCCCCGAAACCUACGGCCGCACUUUGGAAGAACUCGCGUUCCUCUUCGAAGACCACGCUCUUGCUGAUGAAGCGACGACGCAUGUGGAGAAGCAGAUGGAGUGGGCUGAGAGGCGAUGGGGCCGGAUUGAUGAGCGCAUGAGUUGGGAGAUGGAUGUUGUGGUACCGAGCAAGGCGCGUCAUGGUCAAGGAGAAGGAGGCAAUGAUGUAGGGACGCUGGAUGCAAGAGAAACGGUUCAACGGCAUCAGUAUCGGAGGCGGAAUAGUAGCUGGGAGGAUCUUAGGCAGCGGGAGUAG